UUGGAAACAAAAAUGGCGGCGGCGAGGAUGGCCCCCACACUUUGAAAUGUUCAAAGACUGAGCUUUCAUGGCCUCUGCAAAAGAUAAUUCUGAAGGUUCGUAACCAUAAGUUACGAAAAUGAUUAAGUUCCUCCUUUUGGUGAACAAGCAAGGGCAAAUACGGCUGUCCAAGUAUUAUGAACCUUUGGAAAUCCACAAAAGAACAUUGUUAGAAGCUGAUGUUAUUAAGAAUUGCCUUCCACGAACAAAAGACCAGUGUUCAUUUGUUGAAUACAAGGAUUUUAAACUAGUGUACCGUCAGUAUGCUGCACUCUUUGUUGUGAUCGGGAUUGAUGAUGCAGAGAAUGAACUGGCUGUGUAUGAACUUAUACAUAAUUUUGUCGAGGUUUUGGACAAAUAUUUCAGUAGAGUGUGUGAGUUGGAUAUCAUGUUUAAUUUAGACAAAGUUCACAUAAUUUUGGACGAAAUGAUUUUGAAUGGUCGUGUUGUGGAGACAAACAAAAGCAGAAUCCUUGCUCCUCUGCUUGCACUUGACAAAAUGACUGAAAGCUAAAACAAAGGAAGCUUGUUCAAAAGCUGCAUCAUCCAUUCACAAGGCUUUUUCCUAAUCUUUAAAAUGCUGCUUUAUGGAUGUCCUGAGUUUUGUCUUUCUUUUGACUUACUAUAGAAAACCAGCUUCAUGACCAGAUCAAAGGAAUAGCUAAGUACAUUUAGAUUACUUCUACUCUGGAAAUUCCUGGACAGGAAUAAGAAACAGGGAAGACCUAUUCAAGAAUCAUCAGACAAACAGGAGAGGGAAUCAUUAUCAAAAUCAAGCUCCCUGUUGCAGCAGUCACAAGCCAUGUCCAGCAGCACAGCCAGCCACUUUAACAGCCCUGUGUGAGGAGAGGGUGGCAGGUGGGUGGGAUAGGAUGGUACGGUGCCAAGGGGGUAAGGGAUAGGAUGGUAGUGUGCCAACUGGGUAAGGGGUAGAGUGCCAGAUAGUUGUAGGGUUGGGGAUAAGGUUGCAGAUGAGGAAUGCAGGUGCCUCAGGGUUAGAUAAAGAAAUACUUAUAACUUGGUAUUGAUACAUUAAAAAAUCUAAUUGAUUUACACUUUUAUAGAGUGUAGCAGGAGCAACUUAUUUUGAAAAUUAUUAACUUUUUAAAUAAAUUCCACACAUGCCAUUGUUAUUAUGGAGUUCAUUCUGUACAAAGUGUAUAUUGGGUGAAUGCACAUGAAACUGAAAGGCAUAGAGGGUAUGAGUUGCCAUUGGAAGUAGGUGAGGGGCCCAAAUUAACAUGGAGGCAGCGUGGGAGUCUUUGGGUGUCACCGGUGAGAGAUAGAGGGUUUAAAAUACAAACAGACAAAUGGAGACACAAUGCUGGGAAAUGCAAAUAAGGCUAGCUUUCUAAAUUGCUUGCCUUUGUGACCACCUUCAAUAUGCUUCUGGAAGACAUGGGAGUAAUUCUAUCCCGUACCCACCUUCCAAUCCCCUGCUGCAGAUAAAAUUGAAUCAUCCAAAGUCGCACCAAAUAGAGGUAUCGAGAUGUACAGCAUGAAGGUCCAAUUCGUCCAUGCCGACCAGAUAUGAUGAGAUUCUCUACAGCAUUUCCCUCUAACUGAUGCACCUAACACUAUGGACAAUUUAUUAUGGCCAAUUCACCUGACCUGCACAUCUUUGGAUUGUGGGACGAAGCCCACACAGACAUGGGGAGAA